CUCGAUAAUUAACCAAUAAGGAUUCGGGCCAUUUUCAGCUCUGUUUAUGUGAUUAUUUUAGUGUUUUAAUAACUGGGUCGAUUCGAACCUUGUUAACGAAUUAAUUAUGUCUUCGAAAGAUAAAAAAGUUGAAACAAAUUCUCUGAAAAAGUCUCUGAUCUUUACUCACGAUAAAUUAGUUCCUUUGGUCAUUUGUGUUUUCGGAUCAACUUUUCAAGUGCUAACAUUAUUUGCUCUGUACUUUUCGUUUCCAACGACAACAUUGAUUGACCUUUAUCGACCUUCGCAGAUCAUGUUACCAUCGGUUAGUUUGUGUUUCCUUUAUCAUAUCGAUGAAAUAGAAAUAGUGAGAGCUCUUAAUGCUCGAAAUGAGCCCAUUGGAUUUCAAGCGACAUCGUUUGAUUUAACUCUCGAUGAAUUGGAUCGAUUUACACCAAAAGUUGACGAUUAUAUCGAAUCUUGUGAAGUUGCGAAUGCUUCAAUUGAUGCGAAUUCAUUGUUCAAUUUCAUCGAUUGUGCUGAUGUUCGUCCAGUUAAUGUUGCUAUGAGUCCAUUUCUAAAAUGUUUCACUUGGUUCGCUUAUAUGGAGGAGCGUUAUCAGUAUAAUCGAAAUGAUUACUACGAUGAACCAUUUCUUGUGAUGCGAGUUAAUAGCAAUCAAUCAAUUACUCGAAUUACGGUGGUUUUUGUUCACGAUAACGACGAAGAAGUUGCUUUCAGCAAUGGAAGCCCUGAAAUGACCAUUCUGGAUUUCAAUCUUUAUAAUAAAUUCAUCAUGACUUAUUACACCAAAUCGACGACGCAACUUUCGUCGCCUUAUUCAAAUUGUCUUGAUUAUGUCAAGACAUUUGGCUCUUCAAAGCGAAAUUUAAUUAAAAAUUGUAUGUACACUGACAUCUACCAGAAUAAAACGGCCUUUCAUGAACGAGCCUUGAUUUCCACGAGCAGUAGUGUGACAAAUGUUACUUUCGAUAAAGGUAUUGAAAUAUCGAAAUAUCGAUCUGAUUGUGAGAACAAAUAUCCACAAGAAGAGUGUGAGUAUCGAUUAUUUGAAGUGAAAACAUUACAUUCAGAAUUCGAUCCCAAGAUCGAACCUGGAAUAGUUUCCAUUCAAUGGGCUUUUCCACUUGGACUUCAAUCUAAUGUGACGAUGGUCAAAAAGUUGAAUGAUAUCGAGUUCUUUUGUUAUGUGGCCUCGAUUAUCAGUCUAUGGCUCGAAAUCUCUAUGCUUACAGUUGCUAAAUUUUUAUUCCAUCAUUUAAGGAAAAUAGUUCUUAAAAUAUUGAGAAGAAAAGCAAUCGAAAAGAAACGCUCACAAUUAAAGGCCAAUCAACGGAAGAAAAACACAAUUCAAAAGACAAAAGUUCUAAACAGCAAACCCAAAGUAUCUUGGAUAUCAAAUAUUUACGAUCAAAAUGGGUUGAAAUCUGUUCAUCCGAAGUACUCGAAAGCCUUUGGACCUCGAUACCCGAUUCCUUAUUAUUAUUAUUAGUCGAUUCAAUUAAUAACAAUAAUUCAAUUGUUAAUUGUUUGCCAAUAUAAUAUUUUCGUUUUCAUGCUUAUCAAUCAGUAGAAAUGAUUAUUUAAUCACAAUAACAAAAUUGUUUAUUAUUAGAUUCAAAUUGUUUGAUUAUUGGAACAAAGUUUACUUUUUAUUGUUCGAUCAACUUUUAAUUGUUGGGUAAUUUGUUGAUUAAUCUGUUGGUUGGGAGUGAGAAAUAAAGUUAAAUGGAUCGAUUAUCAAAUUAGAUCAUAAACUGUUUCUUUCCAAUUUCAAUCCAAUCAACAGCUUAAUAAUAAUUUGCAAAAAUUUAUGUUAAACUUUAAUUAUGUAUUUGGAGUUCCCCUUAACGAUAAUUAUAAAUACGAGACAAUUA